CGGGGCCCGGCCGGCCGGGCGGAGACCACGGCGGGCAUGUAGCUGCGGCGGGCGGCGCGGGGCUCGGGCGGGCCGGGCCUGGCGGCUCGCGGCGCCAUGGAGGAGGAGGGCAAGAAAGGCCGUAAGCCCGGAAUUGUGUCACCGUUCAAGCGCGUGUUCCUCAAAGGUGAGAAGAGCCGUGAUAAGAAGGCACAUGAGAAAGUGGUGGAGCGGCGGCCGCUGCACACUGUGGUGCUGUCCUUACCUGAGCGUGUUGAGCCCGACCGGCUGCUGAGCGACUACAUCGAGAAGGAGGUGAAGUACUUGGGCCAGCUGACAUCCAUCCCUGGGUACCUGAACCCCUCCAGCAGGACCGAGAUCCUGCACUUCAUUGAUAACGCCAAGAGAGCUCACCUGCUGCCUGGCCACUUGACCCCAGAGCAUGAUGCUGUGAUCAGCCUGUCUGCCUAUAAUGUCAAACUGGCCUGGAGGGACGGCGAGGACACCAUCCUUAGGGUCCCCAUCCACGACAUCGCUGCUGUAUCCUAUGUGCGGGACGAUGCCUCACAUCUGGUGGUCCUGAAGACAGCACAGGACCCAGGCGUGUCCCCCAGCCAGAGCUUGUGUGCAGACAGUUCCAGGGGCCUGUCGGAGAACAGUGUGGGGCCUGUGGAGGCCUGCAGCCUGGUCAUCCUUGCCACGGACAGCAAGGCAGCCGCAGAGGAGCUGUGCUCCCUGCUCGGGCAAGUCUUCCAGAUCGUCUACACCGAGUCCACCAUCGACUUCCUGGACAGAGCCAUCUUUGAUGGAGCCUCCACACCCACCCACCACCUGUCCCUACACAGCGAUGACUCCUCCACCAAGGUGGACAUGAAGGAGCCCUAUGAGAUGGAUGUCAGCACUUUUGCUUUUCCUGAGUGCGCGCAGGUGGGUGGUGUGUCGCCCUUGUCCUUCUGCAUGCAGACGUCACCCCACGCCAAGACAGCCAGUGAGAGUGAACUGAGCGCUACAGCGGCCGAGCUGCUGCAGGACUACAUGCUGACCCUGCGCACCAAGCUCUCAUCACAGGAGAUUCAGCAAUUUGCCGCAUUGCUGCAUGAGUAUAGGGACGGGGCAUCAGUGCAUGAAUUCUGCAUCAACCUGCGGCAGCUCUAUGGAGACAGCCGCAAAUUCCUCCUACUGGGUCUGCGGCCCUUCAUCCCUGAGAAGGACACUCAGCACUUCGAGAACUUCCUGGAGACCAUCGGCGUCAAGGACGGCCGUGGCAUCAUCACUGACAGCUUUGGCCGGUACCGGCGUGCCCUGAGCUCCACAUCUACAUCCACGUCCAAUGGCAAUAGGGCAGCAGGGAGCUCGGACGACCAGUCGGCCCCUUCGGAGGGUGACGAAUGGGACCGCAUGAUCUCGGACAUCAGCAAUGACAUCGAGGCGCUGGGCUGUAGCCUGGACCAGGACUCGGCCUGAAGCCUGCCCGCUGGACACGGCCGCUACUGUGAAAGGAGCACAGAGGAUGGGGCGGGACUGAGUUUGCCUGCGGGGUCCCGACUGCGGGCCCGGCCGAGCCCCGUGUGCACACAACCGUCCUUGCAACUCUCAGAGACAUAAAUGCGUUUACAGCCACGAGAA